CACAGACUUCCUUCCUGACUUGUGGUGAUAGCAUGUAUUUUGUGUUUUCAGACUGACAGAAGAGGAACAAGAAAGAGGAGAGAAAGAGGAGAGAAAAAGGACUGAGUCCUGUGUAGACGGCCGGACGGACAAGAGGUCAGUCAGACAGACAUACAGUCAGAUAAACAGAGAGACAGGCAGUAAGACAGACAGACAGACAGGCAGACAGACAAAAUAGCUAACAAAAGCACUUCUUGUGGAUUUGAGAAGAUCCAGGUUAAAAGGAGAAUAAAUCCAUCUCAUAAAGUGGAUUAUCCCACGGGUCCAGAAACACCAGAUUCUUCAGUUCCCUUCGAAAAUGGCGUCAGACCUCUCCAUCUCUGCCGCUCCCCCCCUGCUCCCCUCCACCCCUUCUCUUGUCUCCUCCUCCCCUCCUCUCUCCAUCUCACACCAGAUCGGUAUCUCCAUUCUGGUCCUGGCCUUUGUCUUUGGUUUCCCAGGCAACCUGUUCGUGGUGUGGUCGGUGCUGUGCCGCGUGAGGCAUCGCUCUGUCACGUGCCUGCUCGUCUUAAACCUCGCCGCGGCCGACGCCCUGGUGCUGCUAAGCGCCCCGCUCUUCCUGCACUUCCUGGCAGGCAGGCGAGGCUGGGAGUUCGGGGCGGUGGCCUGUAAGACGGUACACUACCUGUGCUGCGUCAACAUGAACGUCUCCAUCUACCUGAUCUGCUUGAUGAGCAUGGAUCGCUGGCUGGCCGUGGCGAGGCCCUUCCUGUCACAGAGGAUGAGGACCAAGACAACCCUGAUGGCUGUUCUGCUGGGUAUCUGGGUGCUGGCAUUCAUCUUAGCUCUGCCCAUGCCCUUCUAUCGCAGUAACCUGAAGCCCUUCCUGCACAAGAACAUCUCUAUGAACAUCUGCAUGCCGUACCAUUGGGGCAGUGUAGGUCACCAGGUGUUCCAGUACCUAUUCGAGACCGUCCUGGGCUUCUUCCUCCCCUUCACUUUCAUCAUCGUCUGCUACACCUCCGUCAUCUGCCGGCUACGCAGUGCCAUGUUCCAGCGCAAGGGACGAGGAAACCGUCUCAUCCUCCUCAUCAUCGGCGCCUUCGCUCUCUUCUGGCUGCCCUACCACCUGGUCAACAUCUUACAGGUGAUUGGUCUGCUGGGUGGCAACGCCACUCUCACCAAUGCUGCUGUAUCGGCCCGUCCCAACGUCACGGCGUUCGCCUUCCUGAGCAGCAGUGUGAACCCUGUGCUGUACGUGUUCGCCGGCAGCUCCCACAUCCGCCAGGCCGGCCUCAGCUUCAUGGCCAAGCUGUUCGAGGGCACCAACUCCGAGGGAGGUACCUCCGCCUCCUUCUCCCGCAGCACGAGGUCCAGCCGGAGUGGUUCCACAGCCCCGGACGAGAGCUCCGCCUUGCGCUCGCUGACACUCAAGCUGGGGUGGUUGGGGAAGGAAAAGGAUGGGGGUGGGGAUAGUGGAGUGGAGCUGCGUGGAGUUGAGGUCAAGGUUAACUCCAAGCAGGAGCUCAAGACUUUGACAUCCACUGAUCAGUCAGAGUAGUGUUACUUUUUUAUUUUUUUAUUUUUUUAAAACUUUUUGCAGCCUACUGUAUUACUCCUAGAUUAUUAUUUGUAUUGAAUGUAUUUCAUGAACAGAUUUGUGAUAUAUGUGCUUCAUAGCAAGUGUGUCUGUGAGGCUGCCUUCAUGCAAUUUCUGAAUUAAAAUAUUAUACCAUUAGUUAAUAAAGUUUUCACAUGUUGACAAA